AAUGAAUCAUCUUCAACCCGAAAAACGGAUUCUUAAAUAAAAUCCAACAUAUCGUAAAAGCCACUCCAUUUGCACACAAAUUCAUACAUAUACGGAGUAUAUUUUAUAUCUAUAUAAUACACACCAACGAACACUUGACUGAAUUGCUGCCACAGUUAACGGCUCAAUUUCUCGAUUACAGUUAAAAAAAUAAAUGCGUUAGCUGUAAAAACACAUGUAUUAAAAUCAGAUCUGGAGAUAGUAUUUGCAAACAUGAAGGAAUUCAAAUCCCCAAUUCUGAUAAAAUUCGCCGGAUUUGCAUUCGUGGCGGUUGCUUUUUUCUAUCUGGGUAAGCAUUGGUCAGAUGAUACUUACCAGCAGUUGAUUUUUUUCAGUACAAAUUCUGAUUCUGUUUCCAAAACCCCCACAAUUUCAGUCUCACCUAAUUUCAACAAAUCAUUUGAUGUUAAAUCUUUAAUCAACGAUACACAACUUCAACAAGAAGUAGUAGACAAAGUUUCAGAUCAGACAUUGGCAAUGCCGCCACCGCCUCCGCCGGCGGUGCAGAGGUUAGGUGUGGUGGAUGAGAAUGGAGUGAUGAGAGAUGAGUUUGAAGUAGGUGAGUAUGAUCCUGAUGUUGUUGAGAAUAGGAAUAAUAGUGAUAGUUAUGUGGUGGGAGAAGAUGGUGAGAAGGAGGUUCGGGUUUUUAAGUUCGAGACGUGUCCGGUGAGUAUGAGAGAGUAUAUUCCGUGUUUGGAUAACGCCGAGGCGAUCAAGGCGUUGGAUCCGACUGAGAAAGGCGAGAGAUUUGAACGGCAUUGUCCCCCAAAAGGCAAGGGGUUGGAUUGUUUGGUGCCCCCUCCUAAAGGUUACAAACCGCCUAUUACUUGGCCCCAAAGUCGUGACGAGGUGUGGUACAGUAAUGUUCCACAUGCACAGCUUGCUGAAUAUAAGGGUGGUCAAAAUUGGAUUACCGUAGACAAGGAUAAAUUUAAGUUCCCUGGAGGUGGGACGCAAUUCAUUCAUGGGGCAGACAAGUACUUAGAUCAGAUUUCACAGAUGAUCCCUGAGAUUGCAUUCGGAAAUCAUACUCGGGUUGCAUUAGAUGUUGGAUGUGGUGUGGCAAGUUUUGGUGCAUAUCUGUAUACAAGGAAUGUACUUACAAUGUCUAUAGCUCCAAAAGAUGUUCAUGAGAACCAGAUUCAAUUUGCACUCGAGCGUGGUGUGCCUGCAAUGGUGGCAGCUUUUGCAACCAAAAGACUUUUAUACCCCAGCCAGGCUUUUGACUUGAUUCACUGCUCAAGAUGUAGAGUCAAUUGGACUCGUGAUGAUGGGAUUUUGCUACUUGAGGUUAACAGAUUGCUUAGGGCAGGAGGAUAUUUUGCUUGGGCGGCACAACCAGUUUAUAAGCAUGAACCACUUCUGGAAGAACAAUGGGAAGAGAUGACGAACCUUACAACUAAUCUUUGCUGGAAUCUUGUGAAGAAAGAAGGAUAUAUUGCAAUAUGGCAGAAACCUCUAAACAACAGUUGCUAUUCAAAUCGUGAAUUGGGGACCCUACCACCAUUGUGUGAUGAGAGAGAUGACCCAGAUGAUGUUUGGUAUGUUAAUUUGAAGCCAUGUAUUUCUCGACUGCCUGAGGAUGGGUCUGGAGCAAAUAUUACCUCGUGGCCGGAACGACUGAACAAUCCUCCUGAGAGGCUUCAAAGUAUAAAGCUUGACGCAUACGUUUCUAGAAAGGAUCUGUUUAAAGCAGAAUCCAAAUACUGGAAAGAAAUAAUAGAUAGCUACGUGCGAGCUUUACGCUGGGGAACUUACAAGCUUCGAAAUGUGCUGGACAUGAGAGCGGGCUAUGGAGGCUUUGCAGCAGCCUUAAUUGAGAAUCAACUAGAUUGCUGGGUUAUGAACGUUGUUCCUGUUAGUGGUCCUAACACCUUGCCUGUCAUCUAUGAUCGUGGACUUCUAGGAGUUAUGCAUGAUUGGUGUGAGCCAUUUGAUACGUACCCAAGAACGUAUGACCUCUUGCAUGCAGCUGGUCUCUUCUCAAUUGAACAAAAAAGAUGCAACAUUACUAGCAUCAUGCUUGAGAUGGAUAGAAUUCUGAGACCUGGGGGACGUGUGUACAUUCGCGAUUCCAUUUCGGUGAUGGAUGAGCUUGUAGGGAUAGGGAAGGCAAUUGGGUGGCGUGUAGCACUGCGUGAUACAGCUGAGGGACCUCACGCAAGUUAUAGAGUUUUGACGUGUGACAAAAACCUGCCCUAGUCAACUCAUAAUGAGAGUUUUCGAUUAUUUUAUAUUCAUUAAAAGCAAACUGCUUCAGCUUCCUAUUACUCUAAAGAAAACUACAGAGGAUAAAGGUUCGAGUUUAAUUUUACUGUUCUAUAGUUGUAGCACAACAAGGUCUUGUAUAUCAUAGUCAUUUUGUGGUUACUUAUUCUGUAUGAUUUUUUUGUUUUGUGGUUACUAGUUGUGUAUCGUUACAUUAGGUGCAGGACUUUACAUUGAGAACAUUCUAUGUAAGUUUUUGUAUUCAUCCAUUAGGCUUUUUACAUGAUUUCGUUAA